AUGGUGGAGAGCGCGGAAGGGUCCUACGUUCCGCGGCCCAUGUCCGGAGGGGAUGCCGCCCCGGUGCGCGACGCCAGCAGCCUCAACGCCCGGCGGCGCAACGAGGCCCCGCGUCCCACCACGCAGCGACCGGGCGUCAAGAAAACCAGCAGCGGCAAGGCAGCGAAGGCGCCACCGGCCCCGGUCAGCAACGGGGCACCGAAAGCACGUGGAAACCGGCCGCCCGCGGGCCCUGGCAAGCGCGCGGCGCCCCCUGCAGGCCCCACCAAUCCCCCGGCUGCCCCCCCGGCAGACGAGGUCGAGCUCACGGAGUCCUCCAAGGCCGCACUGGAGGAGUUGAAGAAGCUGGAAGAGUCCAUGUUGGCGCUGCAGCGCCGCCACAUGCCCGCAGCCCUCCGCGCGGGCCCCGCCGCGGUGGACUCGGCCUCGGACAGCGACGGCGGGUCCGACAGCGAGGCGCCCUCGAGCCGCGCGGGCGGCGCGACGCCGCCGGAGCGCGCCGCUGCCGUGGCCGCCGCCGUCGCCCGGCGGGCCGCCAGCGGCCAGAUCAAGGUCUCCGAGGCCGAGCCCGACGACGCCGACGCGGCGAGCGAGGCCGCGGGGCGGCCCCCGAGCGGCACGAGACGCCAGUGGUCGUUCUUGACCGAAGUCGAUGUGUCGGCAACGGAGGCGCAGCGACAGGAGCUGCAGGGGUUCGUUGACAGCGUGGUCGGUCCCGGCGGCGGCGGCGGGAGCAGCGGCGCGGCCGGGGCGGACGGGGAGGGGGAGUCUGACCCGCAGAAGUUCCUACCGGAGCAGUUUACGAAGAUGGUACAACAAUUGAUGGCGACGCGGCUGGAGGACAUCGUGACGGAGAAGACGACGACGGACGGCGCGGGGUCGAUCACGUCGAGCGCGCUGCGGCACAACGCGCUCGAGCGGCACCCGGACGAGCGCGUGAGAGACGCGUACAAGCGUAUGCUUGCGCUGGCGCAAAAGCUGGACGCGGCGACGGCGAACUACGAGCGCGUCGACCGGCAGACGUUCCCGGAGGCGUACGUCGAGGCGGACAAGCGCAAGGCGCGGAUCCGGCGCGACCGCGUGCUCCGGCAGCUCCGGCGCGAGCGUCGUCGCCGCCGCCGCGAGGCGCAGCUGCGGCGGCUCAUGGAGGCGAACGGCGGGGCGGCGGCGGGCGCGCGGGAGGGCGAGGGCGACGCGGGCGCGCUGCCGACGGACUUCGACGACGGCGCGACGCUCCUGUCGGGCUUCUCGCACAACUCGCGCAUGACGGUCCUGAGUCGGGCGUUCACCCUGACUCAGGAGGAGGAAGAGCUGGUCGAGCGGCUGCUCGCGAUCGAGGACGACAAGCUCGACGAGGUCAUGCAGAGCCCGUACGAGCUCCUGCGGUUCGCGUCGGUCCUAGCGGGCUCCAACGCCGGCACGCGCACGAUCGCGGACAUCGACGAGCUGCUGUCGACGUACGCGCAGGACCGCGCGGUGGCCGCGGGGCGCGAUCCGGGCAGCGCGGUCGACCCGUUCAGCGGCGACGCGGCCAGCGAGCGGUUCGCCGCGUCGCCGCCGCGCAGCGUCGCCGCCAGCGCCGCCGACGGCGCGAACGGGGGCGAGAAGUACGUGGAUUACCUGGCGGAGGGGCGCGCGGCGAAGGAGGCGAGGGAGCGGGAGCGGCAGAUCGAUCGGCGCGUGACGGAGCUGCGGGCGGCGGCGCUGGAGGAGAAGCCGGAUGAGGGAACGUUGCGGGGGUUGAUCGAGGAGGCGCGGCGGGAGCUGGAGGGCGCGGAGAUGGCACGAGAGCUGCGGGCGGGGACGGAGGGGGACGCGGGGUCGGUGGCGGCGCAGUCGGGCGCGUCGAGGGCGACGUACUCGCGGAGGGGGGGGGUUCCGUGA